CCGCCCCCCUAGAACCAUCUCAAUGAGAUGCAAACAUGAAAGACAAGAGGAAGAAGAAGGACCGCACCUGGGCCGAGGCUGCCCGCCUGGCAUUGGAAAAACACCCCAACUCACCAAUGACUGCAAAACAAAUACUGGAAGUCAUUCAGAAAGAAGGAUUAAAAGAAACAAGGAAUGGAACCUCUCCAUUAGCUUGUCUGAAUGCAAUGCUUCAUACUAACACUCGUGUAGGUGAUGGAACAUUCUUCAAAAUCCCUGGGAAGUCAGGACUGUAUGCUCUCAAAAAAGAAGAAUCUACAUGCCCAGCAGAUGGAACAUUGGAUUUAGGAUGUGAAUCUGAGUUAGAUGGCACUGAAAUGGCUGAGACAAACAAUAGUAAUGGAGAAGAAAAUGGAGUUUGUCCAAAGCAGAUACCUGAAGAAGCGUCUUCCAAUCGAGACUCAAGCCUUACUAACACACCAGUGCAAAGCAAGCUAGUGUCUUCCUUCCAGCAGCACACCAAAAAGGCACUUAAACAGGCUUUAAGACAACAGCAGAAAAGAAGAAAUGGAGUCUCAAUGAUGGUAAACAAGACUGUUCCUCGUGUUGUUUUGACACCAUUAAAGGUGUCUGAUGAGCAGUCGGAUUCACCUUCAGGAUCUGAAUCUAAAAAUGGUGAAGCAGACAGUUCUGAUAAAGAAAUGAAACAUGGGCAAAAAUCUCCAACUGGAAAACAAACAAGUCAGCACUUAAAGAGAUUAAAAAAGUCUGGUUUAGGACAUUUGAAAUGGACCAAAGCUGAGGAUAUUGACAUAGAAACACCAGGAUCUAUUCUAGUGAACACUAACCUGAGGGCUUUAAUAAACAAACACACCUUUGCUUCCUUACCUCAGCAUUUUCAACAAUACCUCCUGCUUUUGCUUCCAGAAGUAGACAGGCAGAUGGGAAGUGAUGGAGUUUUGCGCCUCAGUAGUUCCGCUCUAAAUAAUGAAUUCUUUGCAUAUGCAGCACAAGGGUGGAAACAACGAUUGGCAGAAGGAGAAUUUACUCCAGAAAUGCAGUUGCGCAUCAGACAAGAGAUUGAAAAGGAAAAGAAAACAGAACCUUGGAAGGAAAGGUUCUUUGAAAGGUUUUAUGGUGAAAAGUUGGGAAUGUCAAGAGAAGAAUCUAUGAAGCUCACUUCAGUACAGAACAGUGAUGAAGAUGAGAGUAGUUUGCUGUGUGGAUCUUCUGGUAUACCUGGUCCUUCUAAACAAACAACUUUUGAGGACCAUGAACAGAAAAGCAUGAAAAUUCCACCUCUUCCUGAAAGAGAUUUCUGUCAGUCUCUUUGUAAUGUGGAACAGGUUCCAGUCAAGGAUCUAAUGGCGGAAUCAGAUUCAGAGGAUAUAUUGGUACCUGACGAAUCUGUAAUUCAGGAAGAGAUUGCUGAGGAGGUUGAGACAAGUAUCUGUGAAUGCCAAGAGGAGAACCAUAAAACAGAACAUGAGUUUUCUGAGGAGCCAGUAAGUCCAGCUGGUACUAAUGAAGAAGUAGAAGCAGUGCCACUUGCAGACAACUCAGCAUCCUGUGUUGUGAUGAAUGAUGUAGUUGAUACUUUGUCUCACAUUGAAAUUAAAGUGGAGUUGAAAUCAGAAUGUCCUCAGGAAGAAAUGUCAGUUGUGAUUGAUCAGCUGGAGGAUUGCUUAUCACCUGCACAAUCUGCUUCAUCUACGAACUCUGUCAGCGAUACAGCAGAGAGGGAUUCUGAGUCUACAAAAGAGCUAAGUGCUCCAGAAACACAAAACUCUGCUCUAGAAGGCUCAUUGUUCACUGAUGGAGGCAUUGCUGUUGAUAUGGAGCUACAGAGUGACCCUGAUGAACAGUUAUCUGAAAAUGCUUGUAUUUCUGAAACUUCCUUUUCCUCUGAAAGCCCAGAGGGACCUUGUAUCAGUAUUGCCUCUCCAGGAGGUGACACACAGUCCACUUCAGAGGAACCCUGUACUCCAGCAUCUCAUGAAACGGCUUGUUCAUCUGAGGCAGCCAGCAGUGAAAAUAUUGAACCUGAUAGUCAGCAAAAGACCAUUGAAGAAAGCCUGCACACACCUUUAAUGUCAGAAAUAUCUCCAGUGUCCACUUCACCUGUAACCUCAGAAGCAUCUCUGACAUCAAACUUACCUUUGACAUCAGAGGCAUCACCAGCUUCUAAUUUACCUUUAACAUCAGAAACCUCUCCAAUGUCUGAUUUACCGUUAACAUCAGAAACCUCUUCCGUGUCUUCUGUACUUCUAGCUUCUGAAACAUCUAUGGCAACCAGUUUACCUUUUCUGUCAGAAACAUCUCCAAUUUCUAAUUCCCCCCAGAGUGAAAGACUUAUUCUGCAACAAAGGAAAUCACCAUGUUUAUCUGAAGAAUCCCUCUCCCCUUUAAAAGAAGAAACUUCAACCAUUCCUAAGGCAUCUCAAGAGGAAAAUCUUAUUGCACAAGAGAAACUGAUUCAGAGUACAGCUGAAACUAUGAAAAUGGGUCCUCUAGCAAAUAUACCCGAAAGUUCAAUAUUGGAAGAGCCCCAGAGCAAAAAUCUUACUCAUCAAUCAUGUAGAUCACAUACUGAAAUUGAGAAAUCUUAUAUUGCUUCCAUUUCAGAACUCUCUUCUCCAGAAGUGAUCAAAAUUAAAAAUCAUCAUGUUCAGCAAAGAAUGGAAAAGAAAGGUGUGCUCUCGCCAUUAGAGAUAUCUGUCGUAUCAGAAGGGACAGUGGGCAAAAGCACUGAACUCCUUCCAGUUAAACCACAUGAUAAAGUAUAUACCUCAUCUCUAGAAAAGACUUCAUUCUCAGAAGUGUGCAGAAGUAAGUCACACAAACAACAAAGCAGUGCACAGAUACGGCUGGAGAGUUCCCAUUCUUCUAAGUUAUUAGAACCCACAAAAUCACCUGAAGUAAGAAUUGAAAAUAGAGAUGCAGAGAUCCCAAAGCGAAAGACUGCAGAGCAGCACAGUUUGGGAAUCUGUAAAGAGAAGAGAGCUAGAAUAGAAGAUGAUCAGUCUAAUCGUAAUGCUCCAUUGACAAGUCCAUCCGAGAAAGAGCAGCCACCUAGAGAAGAGCCCCGAGUCCCACCCCUCAAGAUUCAACUUUCAAAAAUUGGGCCACCUUUUAUUAUCAAGAGUCAACCUGUUUCAAAACCAGAACCUAGGGUUUCCCAGAGUACAUCAGUCAGCAGCGGGAGGAACACUGGGGCUAGAACUCUUGCAGAUAUCAAGGCAAGAGCUCAGCAAGCUAGAGCCCAGAGAGAGGCUGCAGCUGCAGCUGCUGUGGCAGCAGCUGCAAGCAUAGUCUCUGGAGCAAUGGGGAGUCCCUGCGAAGGUGGGAAGACAAGAACACUGGCACACAUCAAGGAGCAAACAAAGGCCAAACUAUUUGCAAAGCAUCAAGCCAGAGCCCAUUUACUCCAGACCAGUAAAGAAGCAAAGUCUCAGAUCAGUUCAAAGGAAGGUCCUUCGUCCGUAGAGACCUCAACUCCUUCUGACACAAAGAUUGAAGUUUCUACUGGUGUCAUUAUAGUUAAUCCUAACUGCAGGUCUCCUAGCAACAAGUCUGCUCACCUCCGUGAGACUAACACUUUACUGCAGCAGUCACUUAACACAGCUGCAUUGCCAGAAACUGCUACGGACAUAUCUGUGCACAGUUCUGAUGAAAACAUACCUAUGCCACAUUUGUGUGAGAAAAUUAUCUCAUCUACCUCCACUGAAAAUAACAAUGUGCCAGUGCUUUAUAGUAAAAAUUCAGUCCCUGCGUCUGUUUGCAGCACUGCUAUGUCGGGAACAAUUCAAGAACUUCCCUUUGCAAGUUCUCUUGAUAAAUCCUCUGUUUUAAUGUCUGUUGACAGUACAAACACAACAAUUUCGGCUUGUAAUGUAAACAUGCUGAAAUCCACCCAAGGGGUUGAUACUCCAUGCAUUGCCAUUGUACCAAAAUGUAUUGAUAACACUAUUGUUCCAACCUCAAUAGACAGUACAGUCUUAUCAAAUUCAAUUGAUGAGAAAAGGUUGCCAGUAUCAAGUAGCAGUGCAAAUAAUGCAGUCUCCAGUCAAUAUACCACUGUGCCGACUUCGUCCAUUGCAAGUAAUUUGCCAAAUCAUCUCCCAGGUAGUUCUGUACUGAUUCCCCCAGUGGGGACUACUGCUAGAUUUUCUUCUGAUAAGAUAGCCAUAACUGGAUGCAGUGAGCAAAGUACUGUAUCCAUUAACACUACUGUUAGAACGGCUUUAAGUUGCAGUGAUGCGGCUGCAGUAGUAGAUUCUGUUGCAAGGCCACCCAUUUCAAUGUUUGCUGGUAAUAUGGUGACAAUAAGUUCUUAUGACAACACUGCUAAAUUAAGUGCUGACAACUUGGAAAAAAGUUCUGGACCACGAAACCGAAUAGAUCUGUCCAGUAAAUCUCAGCCAGUGAACUUUACACAAACAGCCAUGAACCGGUCUAUACCUUGUAAAGUCAUUGUUGACCACACUACGACAUUAAAUUCCAGUUUGUCACUGGCUGCUUCCAUUGAAAAUGCAGAAAACAGCAUAGAUCUGCAGAGCAGACUUGUGAGGGCAGAAACUGCCUUACAAAAUAUAGCCUGUCCUCAGGUGUCUGUAAUAAGCAGGCCUGAAAUAGUCAGUAAUGAAAGCCUUGAGCACAGUUCCAGCUUCAUAACUGUUACAGCAAAGCAAGAGGGCAAAACCUUGCAGGCAGCUUGUACAAGUCUUCAAGAAGUGCCUCUUACUCCUCAAGAUAAAUUAAUUGAGGUUGUUGCCCCCAGCCAAGGUUUUGUGGAGCAGUUACGAGGCCCUUCAGCCUUUAAAAGUGAAGCAGAUGCUGCCUGUGUCAAUCAGUAUAACACUAAUAACAGAAUUUGCUGGCAUGAUGAAGAAGCAAUGCACACAGACCAGCCAGUGGUCAGCCAUCUUAACCCAAAUAAGCAUAAAGAAUAUACAGAGCAGAACUGUUUAAAAAAUGUCAAAACUGAACCUUCAAGUUACACGCAAAUGUCAGAGUUGCAGUCAAGGAGUCUUAUGACAAGCAUCGCUGUUCCUGUUAAAUCAGAAACUACCGAAUCUGACAAGUGCUUUAGGAUGGACACUGAAGAUUUUACCGGACCUGAAAUGCCUAGUCAGACUGCAGAAAUAGCCACAAGUGCACAGCCGACACAGACCUCCAAGACAUCUGUUACGGAUUCCAUGGAGGACUCUUUGUCAUUGACAACAGAAACCCUAAAAAGAGUUACAAGUGCUGGAAGCUCUAGCUGUCGUUUGUCAUCAGUUGAGGCCAACAAUCCUCUAGUGACACAGUUACUGCAAGGCAACCUGCCUUUGGAAAAAGUGCUGCCGCAGCCCAGAUCAGGAGCCAAACUAGAAAUUAACAGGCUUCCUCUGCCUUUGCAAACUACCUCAGUGUGUAAAACAUCAGCAUCUGAGAGAAGUAUGGUUGAAAAUCCUUCCAGCUCACCCAAUCCAGAUGGUAAAGGAUUUACAGCAGGCAGCAUCGCCCCACUGCAAAUUAGAAAGCGUGAAAACCAUCCAAAAAAGCGGAUAGCCAGGACUGUGGGGGAGCACACUCAAAUGAAAUGUGAGCUUGGGAAGCUAUCAAUGGACACAGAUGUUAAAGUGGCUCCUUGUGUGAUCAGUUCCAACAUGAAUCAACUAGGGCAUGGUCAGCCAUUUAAACAAGAGUGGCUGAGCAAACAUGCAGUUCAGAACAGAAUUGCACACAGUCCAGAGAUCAAGCAGCAGAAGAGGCCACUGCCUUCGUGCAGUUUCCAACAGAACUUAUUUCACAUUGACAAAAACGGCAGUUUUCAUGCAGAAGCUAGUACCUCACACAGACAGCAUUUUUACCAAAUGUCCAUGGCUGCAAGAGGCCCCAUUCCUACGGCAGCUUUGUUGCAAACUACUUCAAAAGUCCCAUCUGGCUGCAAUGCGUUUGCUUUCAGUAGGCACCUGGAACAGAAGGGUUUGGGAGAGGUCAAUAUUUCUGCAGCAGCUCACCAGCUGAGGCUAGGAAGUGUUUUUUCCCCUAAUAUUCAAAUUAAGGAAGGUGAUGACAUUGCUAGUGCCUCACAAACUCUCCAGAAUAAAACAUUAGUGCAUCCUCCUCCUCCUCCCCCUAUUCCAAACGCAGAAGUCCCAUCUGAUCAAAAACAACCGACAGUUACUAUGGAAACCACUAAAAGACUUAGUUGGCCUCAGCCAGCAAGCAUCUGUAGCAAUAUAAAAUCUGAACCUGUUUCUUUUGAGGAAGGUUUAAGCAGCAGCUGCGAACUGGGCAUAAAACAAGCUUCCUACGAUCAGAAUGAAGUAAAAGAACAGUUAAAAGCAUUUGCAUUAAAAAAUGCAGAUUUCUCUUCCUAUUUACUUUCUGAGCCACAGAAGCCUUUUACCCAAUUAGCGACUCAGAAAAUACAAACACAGCACCCACAGCAGCAGCAGCUCUGUGGAAAUUAUCCAACUAUACACUUUGGUAGCACAAGCUUCAAAAGGGCAGCAUCUGCGAUUGAAAAAUCUAUUGGAAUUUUGGGAAGUGGCUCAAAUACUGCUACAGGUCUGUCUAAUCAGAACGUUCCGAUUCCGGUUCAGAAAUUUGCUGACAGCAGCAAUGCAGAUGAACUGGAACUGAAAUGCUCUUGCAGGCUGAAAGCCAUGAUAGUGUGCAAAGGCUGUGGAGCCUUCUGCCAUGAUGACUGCAUAGGCCCUUCAAAACUGUGUGUAGCUUGUUUGGUUGUACGGUAGAAACUGAGUCAAAGAUGCAGUAUCCCUUCUCAGCUUGGGAGAGCAGAACAAAGAAGUGGAGAAAUUGUAACAUUUUAGGUCCUUUUUUUUUUUUUUUUCUGGUGAUGCUUUGUUUCAGAAUUUAGUUAUUUCUGCUUGCAUGACAUUCCCUGGAAAGAAGAAGAAACCGUUAGAAUUUCUUUUUAAAAAAUAACAAACUUGUUACUAAGCUUCUAUGAGCUUCCUUGCUGUUUAAAAGAAAAGGUAUAAACAUGUCAUUCCUAGCUUCUAUUUAUUUGCACAAAGUGCAGCACACUAUUUCCCCACUAAUCUAUUAUGAUAGCAGACCCUCUAGGUUAAGGAUAACAGGUUAGUUGUAUUCUCAUGAUUUCUAACUGCCGGGGUACUGCAAGUGCAGAGAUAACAAGAUGAUUAACAAAUUGAGUAAAGACUGCUUUGGGUAAAGUAGCUUGGUGUUCUGUUACAAAUCACCUUCAGAGCUACUAAAUUAACUUGCAAUUUUUCUAAUGAUGAUUGCUUUCUUGAACCCACCUUUACCAUCUCACUCCUACACAAAGCAUUAUGGAGGUAAGGUUUUAAUUGUCAGCUGUUCUUGUUGAUUCCCUGAGAAUUAGAUUUGUAAAUGUGGUUUGAUUAGCUGGACCAUGUCUAGAAUCUCUUGGCUUUAAUGGAGUGUAGAGGAAGUAACGACUUCUCUUAGAGAGCUGAGCACCCUCUCUUUUUCCCUCUUCCCCAAACCUUCCCUGUACACCUAUUGUGCUAUCUAUCCCAAACACAUAUAUGGGUCAGGUCUAGGUAACAAAUAGGUUCUGGAUUUCAAUAGCAUUUCCGUGGCCUAAGGUUGAUCCUAAGGUAUAAAUAAUAAUUUGAGGACAGAUUAUAAUUGUGUGUUGAGGUGAAUAGUAGAAAAUCAGUUAUUUUCCCUCCUAUAUGCUUUACUAUCUAUUUAAAUAUGUUUAAGUUUUGACUUUUUUAAAAAAUUAUUUUCAAAAAUGACUUAACACUACCUUUUUCUGUUAAAGGUUUCAGACCACCUAUAGUAUCUUUUGGAGAGUUGGGAGUAAAGAGGUGGCGGGUUUUAAAGGGAUACUGCAUCUUUUAAAUAAUCUUCAGUAUUUAUCCAGUACUGUAUUUAUGUUGAGGACUACAGCUGCAUUCCAGAUGCAUUAGCCACCAUAACAUCAGAGGACAACAGCAGUAAUUUUGGGGCCCUGUCCACCUAAAAGAAAAAUAUUAUAAAGGGAUAAAGCACAUGCAGCUGUUGGGGACAGGAAAAAAUCUUGCUGUUGUUUUUUACUCCAGAUUCAAGAACACAAAAUGUGCAGUACGAGUACCCCAUAUGCUGACAUGCGGCUGACAACCCAAACAAAUAUGAGCAUAGAGAACAACGUAAUUUUUACCAUUGCAGUAGAACCUCACUAAUAUAUACACACCUUACCAUCUGCACAAAAAACAGACAUUCUCUCCCUAGUUCUUAGUGAAACAUGUAAUAGCAGUGAGUUGAGGUCUCGUAUUAAUCAGAUUUUAGUAUUUAUACAAAACAUAACACUACACAUUUACUGGUAUAUCUGGAAGUAUUAACAUUAACAAUAAAACUGUUAAAUGAAAAAAGUACACUAUAUGAUCCAUUAUACUUGUUUAUUUAUGAUCUUUUCUUGCUUACUAAUUUAUAAUUAUUUAAUUUGUAAUCGGUCUCCCUGGCAUCAAUGCAUAUUAGUGAGGUUCUACCAUAUAUGCAAAUCCCAUUUAUUUUCUUUUGGAACCAUUUUCACAAACAUAAAAUAUACCAUUCCUUUUGAUUGUCUUAAAAAAUUCGUUGGAACAUUGUAGGAAGUACAUUCCUGCCAUCAGAAGUUCUGUGGUGCAACUAGAGUUCUGUUUUACUGUAGUAGUGACAUCUAAGUAUUAAUUAUGGACACCAUGUGAUCCAAAGCUAUUGACGAUUCCAUUAACAAAAUUGUUGCUGAUACAAUAAUAUAUUUUCUGUAUACAAAAGCACUCCUUUAUGAAAGGUGAAAAUCCCACAGAUUUUCCACUUUUUCAGACCUUUCUGUGGAAUGAAAAACAAACCAAAAAUAAACAGUUGAAAAGUAAUUUCCAGUGGUAUGCUGAUGGCUACCCAAAUGGGAGCUAUGAUAAUCACAUGGGUAAACAUGAGUAUAUUGUAGUCAUGCAUACCAAACCAUAUUUAAGGAGCCUUCUGUAUUGGACUUAUAUCCUAUUGCAUUUACAUAUGGUAGAGGUAGAAUUUAUUCCCUUAAAUAAACAGAUUGGCCAGUUCUUAAAAUCAUGAUAACCUGUAUUUAUAUGAACCCUCUGAGAGCUCGGAAUCUUUUUACUUCUGGCUCAGAAUCCCUUGUCCACAGCACAUAUCAGUAUCUGUUUUUACUUGCAACUUGAAAUAUAUUCUACCCAUGACUGACAUGGUAUUGAAAGAAAAUGUAGCAUCCAAAAAUGUUUUAUUUUGAAUGACGGAUGAGGGAGUAAAUAAUAUAAUAUGAAUUCAUGUCAAUGGCAUCUUUGUUCUAUGGUUGCAGUUUGCAUAUUUGAGAUAAGAUAAAAUGUUAUAUAAAACUGCUUUGGACAAAAUGAUGCUAAAUAAUAUAAUACAAUUGGCCAACCCCCUUCAUGGUGCCAUUGCAUUGACUUCUAUUUGACAUCAGUGGAGUUGCUUUAGGAAUGAAUUUGACCCACUAUUUAGAAACAUCUGGUGAGUGAUGUAAGUGAUUUAUAGCCAUGGUGUAAAAUUCCAAAAGCACCUAACUGAUUUAGGAGCCUGAGUCUCCUUUUAAUUUUAAAAUUAGUCUGACUUUUAAUUUGAAAAUGGGACUUAUGUUCCUAAAUAAUGCAGGUGCUCUUGAAAAUUGUACCCUCCUAAGGGCUUGUCUACAUUACCGGCUGGAUCGACGGGCAGCUAUCGAUCCAGUGGGGGUCAAUUUAUCACAUCUAGUCUAGACGUGAUAAAUCGACCACCAAGCACUCUCCCAUCGACUCGGUACUCCUCCAGGGCAAGAGGCGCAGGCGGAGUCGACAGGGGAACAUCAACUGUCAACUUACCAAUGAAGAUACUGUGGUAAGUAGAUCUAAGUACGUCGACUUCAGCUAUGUUCAUGUAGCUGAAGUUGCGUAACUUAGAUCGAUUCCCCCCCCCCUCCCUUAGUGUAGACCAGGCCUAAGAUUAGAACUGAAUUUUGGAUUGCUCCUGUUUUUGUCUAAUUUUGUCCCAAUUUCAAUCCCCAUGUCACUCUGUUUUGUUAGUGAUCGUGCAGUUUGCACUGUUGAACAUUUAAGGUUUAUGCACUGAAAAGUGGUGAGAAUAAGCAUUACUUAAGAAGACACCUCUGUGUGUUUGCGUGUGUCAGUCCAUCCAUCCUUCCCGCAGGAAUAAUUUACACACAUGCAUUUUUGGAAAAUAUCCAAAGUUUUUUCCCUAGUUGCAGCACUUUUGGGAGAGAGGAAGAAAUACUCUUGUGCUCCUUCCUUCCUUUUUUUUUAAUCUGCUUAUUUUUGAGGUGUGUCAUUAACAUUAGGGCAUUUGUAGUGUGUAUGUUUGUCUGUUUCUGUGCAGAACUAAUUUUCCAGUCAGAAAUUCCCUUAGUUGAAAUACUAUAAAAAAAUUGGUGAACUGGGCACUUCAUUUCAGCAUUCUGUUUACUUGCUGAGGUUUAGCACGUGAAAUGAAUUAACUUAAAAAUAAGGUUGAGCCAUAAAGCAGAAUAAUAUCCCUUUUCUUGAUGAGGGCUCUGUGUUGUUAGGAUAAGUUACAGAAUGUUCAGAUUUUUUCAGGGUCCUGGAAUUCCUUGCACAGUUUAUAAACUGGUGCAUAUGGUGCUUUGUAAUGCAGUUUCUGAAGUAAAAUUAUCUUAUGCUGCACCUCCCUUCCCCUUACAAACACACGCACAAUUUCAGAAUAGUUAUUGUAGCCUCUGGUUUAGCAGUUUUACCAAGGUGUGGUGAAGUACCAGGAUGAACACUUAAAAGCUCAAAAAUGUCAUCUAAAGGGAUCAUCUUAGCUGACACAUGCGAACGGCCCUGCUUUAAACACUGAAUGACUUUCUACAGUUUUGUGACAGCAGCACAGUGGUUUUUUAUCUGUGUUUCUGUAGAACUUUGAGGGAAAGCAAAAAAUAAUAUUCAGUGUGAAUAAUCAUGGACCUGUGAAGCUAAAUGUUUCUGAAUCUAAAAAUCCUGUUGUCUUCAGUAAUCAUGCUUUUGUCACUGUAAAACCAACAAAAACAUUUUUAGUCUAAUUUAAAGGAGCUGCUUCUUUUAUAGCACAUAAUAUUUCGCUUUGUACUAUAUUUGAUAGUUACAGAAUAAUUUAGUCUGUAGAAUAACUUUGUCGUAUUUGUACUGUUCAUGAAUGUUACAAGAAAAGUGCUUUACUUUGUUGCCAUAAUUCUCUUGUACUGCUGUAAAAUAUUUCUUCUGCUUUACAGAAACCUAACUCAAUUCACAAUUUCAGUACAGGGUUUUUUGUGUUUUUUUUUUUUAUAUUAUUUUUUAUUUGUCAGUGUUUUGAAUGUUUACAUCUGUUUGACAUUAGCCAUUCAAUGCCUUUUUAGGGCAGUAUUACUCCUGGAGUGUAACAGCAAUGUGAAAUCAACCCAUAUUUAACAUGCAUGAGAAAUACAGAUUUAAGGGGGAAAUCCCUGACAUGCAUAGAUUUAUUUUUUUUUCCAUCAACAUAUGGAGAAGUAAAAACCCUCCUUCAAUCCUCUACCAAAGAAAACAUUAUUCCCACAGGACAAGCUCAGAAAUGGUUCUCUGAAUCCUCGGAAGGGGGAGUAGUUGAUUUCAGUGGGGUUGCUACAAUUUAAUACUGUUAUGCUUGCUUUGUUACCUGACUAAAUGUGACUGAGUGCAAGAAGCAUUUUAACAAUUUUUUUUUUAAAGACAGUGUUUUCUUUAGAAAUCAGGGAUCAUGCUUUCUUUAAUGGUGCUCUUCAUUUUUUAUUUAAAAAAACAAAAACAAAAAACAUUUGUUGCCUACAAAAAUGACCACUCACAAAACCAUAAAUUAAAUACAUUGAGUUGUCUCCAUAUUUUCUCUCUUCUCCCUCUCCUUUUUCCCUUCCUGCUCCCCUGAAAAUAACAACAUGGGCUUCAAUAUUAAAAUAUUCUGGAAAAAAAUAAAGAGAUAAAAUAUA